AUGCCGGCUCUACUGGAGGAUCCCGAAGCGCCCGUGAUCUAUCGGGCCUCGGGACAAGAGCCAUAUCCCACCUCAGAUAACCCGCAAAUACCAUCGUCGAUAUUCCCAAGGCCUGUCACCCUUCGGGAUCGUGUCACCGUUGCAACCCUGGUACCGUUCUUCUCCCCAGAUGCCGUGCCCAAGAGGCUUCUCGCAUACCUCUCGGAGCAGCUCAAUAAGGAAAUCGAAGGCGGCGACACGUAUCCAAUGAUCGAUCCAUUGCCACUGGAGACCUUCGGCCCGUAUUGGUUUGGGAACUUUGGCGCUGUGAUGGUCCUCGGUGAUAUUGGGGGAAUCGAGGCAGUGGCGGAGAUGGAUACGAACGGCGUUGACUGGAACAAGAAAUGCCUGGGGAGCUUCUACAUCAAGCCAAACUACCCUGGUCGAAGCAGCCAUGUUUGCAACGGUGGGUUUCUGGUAACGCCUGCGGCUCGCAACAAGGGCGUCGGAAAGUCUAUGGGCCAAUGCUACCUGGAUUGGGCACCCGGGUUGGGAUACACCUAUUCGGUCUUCAACCUGGUUUACGAAUCCAAUACGGCUUCUACAAAGAUUUGGGACUCGCUCGGUUUCAAGCGCAUUGGUCGAGUCCCUGGGUGUGGCCACUUGAAAUCCUCGGACGAACCCGUUGAUGCCAUCAUAUAUGGCAGAGACCUCAAAUCUGAGGGCGAGAGUGACGUCUCGGAAGAACGCUUCGAUAAAAUACGCUACUACCUGAGACAUUUACUGUACCCUCAGGGGGCGGAUCGUUCCGAGAAAAGUCGUCUUCGAAGCGCGGCCACCCACUACAAACUGGUGCCGGGUGAGGACGGUGGCGCCGAGAAGCUCUUUUUGAAGGACAAGGAGGUCAUCUCCGACUCGAACGCACAGUACGAGAUAGCCAAGCGGAUUCAUCUCCAGUCGCACGCCGGGAUCAACAAGACAACGGCCAUCAUCGCGACCAAAUAUCAUUGGAUCCGGAUCAAAGAAACCGUCAGCCACGUCAUCAAGAAUUGCCCGGAAUGCAAAGACGUGAACAAGCCCCCGAUUUUGCGGUCGGAGAACCGGCCUGGCCGAAGCAAGACGAUUGAUGAAGCGCCGCCCAAUCUGCCCCAAGUCCAAGCACCAGCACCAGCGCCUCCGCCGCCACCGCCACCAGACCUGCAGCGCUUGCCACAGGACGCUCGAGAUCUCCCGGCCAGUCACAUGUCAGAGCACGAUUUCGCAGCCAUACAGCAGCCUAUGGACCUGUCUAGUGAUCAUGACCACCUAGUGGCAGACCAUGAUCCUCACCUGGAUCCGUACGACGAAAUGGCAAUUGACCCGCAGAUCAUGGAACAAAUACAGGCACAGCUGGCUGGAGCCUAUGAUCCGAACGGCCAUGCGUACGACCCAACUGGAUUGUCGUCGUUCGCAAACACGCCGCAUCUCCCGCCACACCAUGAACCCAAUGACUUUGACCGACCACCAGAGCAUCACUUCAUCCCUGGUGCCGAUCAGCAACUAAUGGCACACGAUCACGUGAUGGACGAUGGUAGCGGGCCAGGUCCUGGACUGAAUGAUAUGCAGCCAAUGCAGCAUGUCUUGCCCAUGGACUACAUCGAGCCUGGGAAUCAAGCACGAUUCAAGCUGGAGCAGUAA